AUGGACGUCCUCCUACGACUGAACAUCGUUCCCUUCUCAGCAGUGUCUGAGACUGUCCAGUCUCUGCUGUUGUCGAUAGAACUAAGCGGACCGGCUUUACUCACGGAGAGCAGCUCAUCACUACUCACCACCAUUCUUCAGGAGCGAAUCAAAGAAAACCCGACACAUUUCAGUUCGACAGCUGAGCGGAUCCUUAACUGGCUCCUCACUAAAUGGACUCCCAGUCUAUGGUCUGAACGGACAUACUCGGCGCUGAAUGCUCACCACUGCAACGCUCGUGAUGUACUGCGCGUACUCUACACGUGCCUGGACGCACCCUACAGCCCGCCGGAGCCGGCCUCUUAUCUUGUACUUGGACCUAUUGGGCAAGCCCGAACGCAAAUGGCGCGUUACAAAGACCUCGCACAUUAUCUCCUGCUUCUCCGACCUGUAAAGGAUUUUGUAGCCAAGAUCGAACAAGGACCGCGUCUCUCCUCCGAUGAGCCCACAGGCGAACUCUCCUCCACGCAACUUGGAAGCAGGAUCCUUGAUUUCUGCGUAUCCGAGCUCGAACGAGCCCAGCACCGUUGGAAGGAUAUGGCUUCGUCAAACAUACAAGGCAUCACCUCAGAUAUGAUGCGCAUCGUCACAAAUCUGUGCAUCGUCGCGCCAGCUGUUGCAGCUCUGAGCGACCCUGACGACCGCCGUGUGCGUACUCUCCGAUCGUCCGCAGCUGCCCUGAUCGAGUCUUUUGCCACUACACUGGCUAAGCCUCAGAUGGAACAAUACAAAGUCGAUGCAGUCCUCGAGACCUGUGCAAAAGGUCUUCCUGACAUCAGCUCUUCAAAGCGAGUGAGCUCUGGCGUAUACGAAUUGAUAGGUAUGGACCAGCUGGCUGAGCACUUACCCCGGGCUCUCCAGCAACGCAAAGAGGUCAAACAAUCGUUCUACGCGGAUGAGGAUGACUUCAUGGAUGUGGACGACGAGCCUGACUCACAGAUGACUGCUGGAGCCACAGUUCCCGAUAACGACGUACCUCGACAUGAUGUGCAAGCAGAAACCGACCUAUCUGCUCUGCGUGCAUGUUGUCUAGCACACUUGCAGUUUAUUUCGUCUCUGGCCAAACGCACUGAGUUGGAAACUGGAGCAGUACCCCCGGAUUUCGUCGAUUUCCUCGUGUCUCUCUCGGAGAAUGACCUUAUUCGUUCGCGUCAAUUCCUCCGUUCGGUAUGGAACAGCAACCUGCAGAUAUCCAGGAACGACUGCCUCAAUCUCCUCGAACGGUUCAGCGAAGCUCUUAUCGAUCCUCGUGCUCGUGAAUACAACACCUCCGAAGUCGCCAACGGUAUGCUUGUCGAGGUUCUGAUUGGAACCACACUCGUUUGGCUACCUGAUGCAACCGAUCGCGAGGCUCAAGAUCUUUACGACAACGUAGAGGCCCUGUAUGUCUAUUACGUCAAAGAGAUGGAGAAAUCGAAAGGAGGAGUCCGGCGUUCAGCAAACUUGCAGACAACGAUAGCAGUCUUUCUACAUGGCUUACUGAAGCAUCAUCCCGAUUUUGCGCAAAAUCGCAAGGUCCCAUCAGUACGGACUAGCCUUUUCGAGCUGCUGUCAACAGGCGAAAUGACUGUCAAAUAUCACAUCGCGGAGCACUUGCCAAGAAUGUUCGAAGAUUUCGUUCUCUCCGAACACGACAAGAUUUUGCAGGAUGUCGAUAGCAGCUUGCCUGGAGAUGACGAAGGUCUUGAGGGCAUAGCGGUUCGGUUGCUCGUCCUGUCGCGACUGGCAUCCAAGUGGCAUACGCUGCUGCGUCACAGCGUCUAUCGAAUCUUCGCUACGGCAGGGACUAUCGCAGGCGCUACCUACCACGCCGAACGAUGCAUCCUGAACGUGGCGCAAUCAAGAGGUCUCGGUGAUUCACAAAGCCUAUUCCGGCUUUUUGCACCACAAGUCAUAUUCACCUGGCUCGACCGAGGCCAAAAGGUCGGCCGUAUUCCUUUUACUAUCUUCGGUUACGCGUCGCUUUCCGACCUUCUUCGUGACAUCGAAGCCGAAGUGGUGGGCCAAGCUAUAAUGUUCGGGCGCAAGGAUGAGGUGGAGUUUCUGGCUGACCAUUUAGACAUGUCAGCACAGGAGAUGCUGUCGAGAAAUAUCGGCAAAGCAGCCGCAUAUACAAUAGCAUGGGACACUUGCAGGGGCUCCGCCCGUAACAAAGCCGACUCCAGCUUCGGCAACUUGCUGAAAGACAUGGUUGGUAGCGACAAAUACUAUGGCCUGGUGCAGAAACAUUUCCCCCAGGUGUUGGGCCACAUGUUCCAAACCAUCGAUCACGAGGAACGUUUACCCAAGUCGCUAGAGAAGAAACCAGCCUUCAAUCCCGCCGCUGCAGUUCUAGCCGAAAUUGCCGAAAUUGGCCAAUCUGCACAAGGCCUCAACAUAGGUAUUGAGCCUUCGUUCUCCGCCUUCUAUCUGCCUGAUCAGCUGGAACGCUUGUGUAGACGGACGGGCGACAGACCGGCUGGCUUCUGGUCACCGAGCACAUAUACAUAUGUGAUGCGCUCCCUGCUCGAUCGCAUCCAUCAUGCUCUCGGCUCGCUGUAUGCCCGUUCGAUGAUCAGGAAGAUUCGAGUCAUAGUUGCGCUGGCUGGACCUGUAGCACAUGAAGGGUACCCACUGCAAAUGACGCUGCAGUCUUUGCGCCCUUUCCUCACCGACAUGCAAUGUGCUGAAGAUACAGUUGGUAUCAUGCAGUAUCUUUUCGAACACGGCGCUCAGUAUCUCCGUCAACAGCUCAGCUUCGUUACAGGUAUCGGCCUUUCGAUUCUCAUCUCUCUUCGAGUAUUCCUAGGCUCCUCUCAGGACAGCACUACCCAACAAUCCCAACAUCUCGCGACUAUGAAUGCAGCCAACAGAUUCCAUGCUUGGCUUACUGAGUAUCUCAAGGCUCACGCGCAGGCAAUUAAUGGUGUAGAGCGCUCUUCCGCCAUCAAAGCGUUCAAGAUCAUCACCGCGACCGCUGCUCAAGUCAAUGCCGAAGGCAACUCAUUGCGAGGUAGUGAAGAGAGCAAGCUUCUUCUUGAGAUAUUGGACGACGCGAAGUCAGGACGCAAGUUAUUGAACAAAACAUCACGCGAUGUCGCAUUGGACUUGCUUUGCCAGAACUUUGAACCAGCUCCAAACGCCCGAGAUGACGUCCUCGGCUUGGAUUACGAUGCUGCAGAAUAUGCACCCCUUGUCUGGGAGUCGUGUCGCAGAAGUAAGGUCGGCGACGGUUAUUUGUUAUGGACCGCACGGGUCCUAGGACGAGCAUAUAGCGCCUACGGGGAAGUGAAGCAGAGCUCUGCGCAGGCUCGGCCAUGGGCAUCGUCAGUGCAGACUUCCAAAUCGGUUCCUGGGAAGUCAUCACGAGAAGCUAUUGUUAAUGAGGUUAUCGAUCUAUUCUACAGCGACGAACGAAAUGAGGUCAGCCUUGCAGAGGAUGCUGUACGACGCCUGAUUUCUCGCUUGGUGCCUGAUUCGCAGUACAUGAGCGAGAUGCAUCGAGUCAUUCCGGAGGCCAUCGGUAAAGCCCUUUUGUACAAGCCCCCGGAGCCAGAUACUACCUCGCAUCCUCUGACGGAUGGUCUUCGCGAAGCCGUCUCACCUACACCGGUCAAACCGGUAUCUGACUGGAUUAGAAACCUGACAAUGGCACUGUGCAAAGUUGCAAUCGACGACCCCAUUUUGGGGGCUCUUCCAGACUUGCUCCGCGGUAUCAACCACAUGGCGGAGAAGCUCCUGCCCUACAUACUUCAUCUCGUGCUACUUGACGAAUAUGAAGCGGAGCGCAAUGUUCAUGACAUCGUAUCGAAAGCUAUGGCUACUUGGUUCCGCGAUUGCAGCCCAGAUACCAUACCGCACGUCCGCAUCCUUAUCCAAUCCAUCCUCUACCUCCGGAGCCAACCAGUCCCUAAGGAGGUUACCAGAGUGGAGCGAGACAAAUGGUUAGACGUCGACUAUCUAGAGGCUUCACAAGCCGCGAACGACUGUGGCAUGUUCAGGAGUGCGCUCUUGUUUGCGGAGACAUCUUCUGGCCAGCCAAUCAUCAAGAACAGCACAAGGAGAUCGUCUGUUAGGGUCGACCCUCCAAAAGUGCCGCUACAGCUCCAGCUUUCUAUCUACAAGAACCUCGACGAGCCUGAUUCGUUCUACGGUGUUGAUCGAGGUUCCAGUUUGUUGUCAGUGCUAGACCGUCUCGACUACGAGGGUGACGGGGUAAAGAGCCUGCUCUUUCGUGGCGCUCGUCUAGACAGUCAAAUGCGCCGGCGCAACGAGUUUGAGGCGGUAGACUCCCGAGGAACGCUCAAAUCUCUCAUCAUGUUGAAUAUGAACAGCCUUACGCACUCCUUACUCUCCAACGACCAGUUCCGCGAUGCCGGAGACGACGUCGUUGAGAGUACGCUGCAUACUGCGCGCAAACUGGGCCAGUGGGAUAUCAAAGCGCCGGAAGUAAAUCAUACAGAGGCAAGCACUUUGUUCAAAGCCUUCCAAGGGCUGCAUUUUGCGAAGAGCACUACAGAGGCUCAGGAGAACUUCGACCGCCAACUACAGGUGACGAUGAACUUCCUCUGCGGAAAAGACACCUCAUCCAUAUCAACGAAGACUCGCCUGCGCACGCUAGGGGCGCUCACAGAGGCAGACGAAGUGAUCACAGCUGAACGUUCGGAGCAUUUGCUAGAUAUUUGGGAUCGCAUGAAGGCUCGAGAGAAGUGGAUGCGGGCUGGCGAAUUCAAUGACGUGCGCCAGCUACUAUCAUGUCGUGAGACGCUUUUCAACGUGCUCGGUACAAAUGCCGCUCUCGUCGACUCGCUACACACCCGGACUGCGACCGUGCGAGGCAUGGAGGUCGAGGCUCUAGUUUCAUCGUCUAGUCUCUGCAGGAAGCAUGGAGCACUGCAAGAGUCGCUCGCAAGUGUGACCUACCUUUCCGACAUCGUACCGGAGUGCAAGGCUAUAGGUCUUGACAUUGAAGCUACAGCCCAACAUGAGGUAGCGAAUGUGCUGUGGGAACAGGGUGAAACCGAGAUCUCGAUAAGAAUGCGUCAGCAUCUAAUCGACAACGCCGAUUUCGACUCGCAGAACGUUGAUCUCAGUUUGCCAGUGUUGCUUGCUCGACUGGGACAUCAUCUCGCUGAAGCUCGCCUUGCCAAGCCAGAUGCAAUCAUGAAAGAGUACCUAGAACCUGCCAUCCGUGAGCUCAAAGGCCAGAAAGAGGGCUUGGGCCCAGGCCAAGUCUUCCACGAGUUUGCCCUCUUCUGCGACAAGCAACUUCAAAGUCCUGAAGCAGCGGAAGACAUGAAUCGUAUCAAGACUGUGAUGGAUCGAAAGUUGCAAGAGUACCAUGACUUCGCGAAGCUCUCGAAGACCGACAAGAGUAAAGGGAUGCGCGAGACGUACCACCGAAACGCUCGUCGUGCGAAGACUUGGUACGACCUCGACAAUGCGGAAUAUGAGAGGAUGCGCAAGGGCCGCGAGCAAUUCCUUCGCCAGUGUCUCGAAAACUAUCUCUUGUCUCUUCUGGCCAGCGACGAAUACAAUCACGACGCGCUUCGUGUGUUUUCCUUGUGGCUGGAAUAUUCCGAUACGCCUCUGGCAAAUCAAGCUGUCAAGGCAUAUCUGAAGGAUGUACCGAGCGGGAAGUUUGCCUUGCUGAUGAACCAGCUAUCCUCACGACUACAAGCCGAAGAGAACGACUUUCAACACCUGUUGAUGGAGCUGGUCUUCCGCAUAUGCGUUGACCACCCAUAUCAUGGAAUGCAUCAGAUCUUCGCGAUUCAGAUGAAGGUCGCCGCCACCUCUAGGGAAGAUGUCGUUCGAGCCAAGGAUGAAUCUGCGAAGUCCCGCCAGAAAGCUGCGGGCGGCCUUGCGACGGCGCUCAGCACUGACAAGAGGGGUCGAUCGUACUGGAGCUCGAUCUUCCAGUCGAACGAGGUCUAUCAUCAUCUUGCCAUGUUCAAGGGCGAGAAGGAGAGUACUCAGCAAGGUCGUGAGUUACCCCUUGAUAGGUACAAGGAGUCACGAGAUUUGGUGAACAGGGUGCCGAAGCUCAACGUACCCCCGGCUACUCUUCAGAUUGAAGUUCGGCCGAACAUGAACUACAGUGAUUUGCCGAAGAUCGCAGGCUUCAAGUCGACCAUGACGAUUGCGAACGGACUCAGUGCGCCAAAGGUCAUCACUGCUAAGGGCACCGAUGGCAAACCGUACAAGCAACUGUUCAAAUCCGGGAACGACGACCUACGCCAGGACGCAAUCAUGGAGCAAGUCUUCGAUCAAGUAUCGCGACUACUGAAGAACCACACCGCAACGCGUAUUCGCAAUCUGGGCAUCCGCACAUACAAAGUCCUGCCACUCUCAACACGUUCUGGCCUCAUGGAGUUCGUGCAGAAUACCAUUCCUCUACAUCUCUGGGUUAUGCCAGCUCACGAGAAAUACUACCCAAGCGACUACAAGCCCGAGAAAUGUCGCAAAGAGAUCGGUGCAUGCCAGCAGGACUCCCUCACCACGCGCGUCAAGGUGUGGCAAAAGAUUGCGGACAACUUCCACCCCGUGAUGCGCUACUUCCUACUGGAGCGCUUCGAAGACCCAGACGAGUGGUUUGAACGUCGCCUGGCAUACACGCGCUCAACAGCCGCUAUCUCCAUCCUUGGACACGUCCUCGGUCUCGGCGAUCGGCAUUGUCACAACAUCCUCCUCGAUGAGAAGUCUGGUGAGGUAGUACAUAUCGAUCUUGGUGUGAGUUUCGAAGCUGGUCGCGUACUGCCAGUACCAGAAGUCGUGCCCUUCCGACUGACGCGCGAUCUGGUAGACGGCAUGGGAUACACGAAGACGGAGGGAGUCUUCCGCCGCUGCUGCGAGUUUACCAUGGACACGUUGCGCGAGGAGCGGGAGUCUAUCAUGACACUCCUCAAUGUCCUGCGAUAUGAUCCUCUCGUCAACUGGAGCGUCACACCCACGAAAGCAAAGCGCAUGCAGGAAGCCAACCAAGAAACGGGCGCAAACGGUACUGCGCGCUCGACUACCGUUGCGCCGGGAGGUACACCCGCGCCAUCGGGUCAAUCGGCGGCCGAAGAGGCAGCAGCGGUCGCGCAGGAAGAUAACAAAAAGAGGGAGAAGGAGGAACAGGCUGGUGAAGCGGGGCGAGCGCUCAGCGUGGUGGAGAAGAAACUGAGUAAAACGCUCAGUACCAAGGCCACGGUGAAUGAGCUCAUACAACAAGCUACCGAUGAACGGAAUUUGGCGGUGCUGUAUAUGGGGUGGGCGAGCUACGCAUAG